ACUGGGCUCAGUCACAACAAACUGAAAGUAACUCAGAGCGGCGCUGCAGCAGAGACAACUUUCUGCCUUUAGACAAACCACAACUUCAACUUUUGGCUUUGGUCGACAGUCCAGCAGAAUCUGACAGCACAGCAGACAUGGCAGCAGCCAGCAGCCUUCUCUCUGAAGAUCAGUUUCUGUGCUCCAUCUGUCUGGAUGUGUUCACUGAUCCAGUCACCAUACCAUGUGGACACAACUUCUGCAAGACCUGCAUCACAGAACACUGGAAUAUUAAUGUCCAAUGCCUGUGUCCCAUGUGUAAAGAGCUUUUUGACAGAAGACCAGAGGUGCGGGUCAACACUUUUAUAUCUGAGAUGGCUGCUCAGUUCAGGAAGUCAGUUCAAAAGAAAACCAGUCGCAGCUCAGAAAAACAACAUGCCAAACCAGGAGAUGUUAUGUGUGACAUCUGCACUGAAACCAAACUGAAGGCCCUGAAGUCCUGCCUGGUAUGUCUGGCCUCCUACUGUGAGACUCAUCUGGAACUUCACCAGAAAGUCACAGCUAUGACAAGACAUAAGCUGAUAGAUCCUGUGGAGAACCUGGAAAGCAGGAUGUGUAAGAAGCAUGUUAGACCUCUGGAGCUGUUCUGCAAGAAUGACCAGAUAUGUGUGUGUCAGUUCUGCACUGAGUCAGAUCACAAACAUCAUCACACUGUUCCUCUGAUAGAAGAAUAUGAAGGAAAGAAAGCCAAGCUGGAUAAGACAAAGGCUGAAGUUCAGCAGAUGAUCCAGGAGAGACGACUGAAGAUUGAGCAGAUCAAACGGUCAGUGAAGCUCAGCAAGGAAGAUGCAGACAGAGAGACAGCAGACAGUGUGCAGGUCUUUACUGCUCUGAUCCAGUCUGUUGAGAGAAGUCUGGCUCAGCUCAUUGAGAUUAUUGAAGAGAAACAGAAAACAACAGAGAAACAGGCUGAAGGCUUCAUCACAGAGCUGGAAGAGGAAAUAUCUGAGCUGAUGAAGAGAAGCACUGAGAUGGAGCAGCUCUCACACACUGAAGACCACCUUCAGCUCCUCCAGAGCUUCUCAUCCUUGAACACUGUUCCACCCAUCAAGGACUGGACAGACGUCAGCGUUCACUCAUCAUGUGAGGGGACAGUGACGAAAGCUGUUGCUCAGCUGGAGGAGACACUCCAGAAAGAGACUGAGAGACUGUGUGUUCAUGUUGAGCUAAAGAAGGUCCAGCUGUAUGCAGUGGAUGUGACCCUGGAUCCUGACACAGCAAAUCCCUAUCUCAUCCUAUCUGAUGAUGGAAAGCAAGUUAGUCAUGGGAAUGUAAGACAGAAUGUUCCAGGCAGUCCAAAGAGAUUUUACUGUUAUUCUGUUCUAGGAAAGCAGGGGUUCUCUUCAGGAAGGUUUUACUAUGAAAUUCAAGUUAAAGGGAAAACUUGCUGGAGUUUAGGAGUGGUCAGAGAGUCUAUCAGCAGAACAGGGAACAUUGAACGGACCCCAAACAAUGGCUGUUGGUCUGUAUGCUUGACAAAAGAAAAAGGGUAUAAAGUUGAUGGAUUAUCAGUUAACCUCUCUCUGAAGUCGAAGCUUCAGAAGGUGGGGGUGUUUGUGGAUUAUGAGGAGGGUCUGGUCUCCUUUUAUGAUGUAGAUGCUGCUGCUCUCAUUUACUCUUUUAUUGGCUGUAAAUUCACUGAGAGACUCUACCCAUAUUUCAAUCCCUUUAGUAACAGUGGUGGUAAAAACUCCACCCCCCUAAUAAUUUGUUCAAUUCAUCACACUGACUAGACUAUUUCUAACAGGAGUCAGUGUCAUGUAAAUUACCUAAAUCACUCUCCUGUUUUGUCUGUUUUUAUUGCUCUAGAAAAACAACAAUUUUCCUAUCCAUGUGAAUGUCAGUUCUCAAGUGAAUAAUUGGUUCUUGUAAACUGUUAAAAAUUUGUUACAGAAUGCCCAUAAAUUACAUUGUCUUCCAAGGUUUUGUACACUGUUGGUAUUGCUCCACUGAGAGGCGCCAGAGAAAUAGUCAAGAUCCUUAUUGGAGCCUGUGUGGUUUCAUUGGUGCCGAAUCAGUUCAACCUCUUCUAUUAUUCUUACUUACUUCUUGGUGGACUUUUCUUUAAAGGGACAUUGUGUAGGAAUUUCUCCCAUCUAGCGGUGAAAUUGUAUUUUGCAUUCAAACGAAUCCUGCUCUCUAGUGCCUCGCAUUUUCAAAUGGGUAUUGCAACUACGGUAGCCAUUAUGUACCAAGAAGCCUACCUGUCGAGGAGAAAGCAGGCAACUUCAGCGUCCCUUUGAAAGUCUUUCUCUUUCAUUAGCUCUUUCCACCUGUGAAAAGCUCCCCCGAUGUUUACCCUCGUUUUUUUAAUUCGCCGGUCACAUUGCCUUUUUAAUUCGCGUUUUUGGCGACGAGGAUUCCUUCUCCUGUGGCUCGGCAUAAGUAUGAUCCUCCAUUAUGAACUAAAGUGCAGUGCAGACUUUCAAAUGUGCCGGGGCAGUGACAAGCGCCUCUCACUGAUCUCCUUCUCCGUUAUAACUGGUUUCAGUCACGUGACGCUGGCUCUGAACGAAAAAGCGUUUUGGAUUAGCUAGACAGGUAGGCUAGUGCUUUAUGUCCCUGUCAGCGAUUAUAGUUUUUUAAAAUGGCGGAAAGACAUGGAAGCCUCCAUGGACUUACCCGUCCAAUGUAUAGAUGAGAAAUUCUUCGCUUACGAGGGUAAGUCAGAGCAUUGGCAGAGGUAAUUUUACACCAAUGAGGACACAUUUAUGAAUGAAGACAUUGAUUUUAGCUAAUAAAAUACUUAUAACACUACACAGUGUCCCUUUAAAAAAAAGUUUAAAAAUUUCACAAUAAAAAGUGGUAAAAAUGAAAUUAAAACUAUUCUAGUAGAACUUGGUCACCAUGAAAAAAGAAUGAUGACAUAACACUUAGCUUGGUUUUAUUAAUUCAUUAUAUGAUUUCACAACUUCUGUAUUUGUUUUUUAUUAUAUUCUCUGGUGUAUUUUUUCAUUUUUUUCUUUCAUUGUGAUAAUCUAAUUUUAGCCAACCUUUUUUGGAUUGUUUAAUAUCUCCAUUUCUCUUUUAGGGGUUUUCUGUUCAUAAAUUUAAAAAAAUUACUUAGGGUGUUCCGGGCAUUUUAUUGUAAUGUAACAUAUUUUUAAAAAUGGUGGAGGUUCUAUUGUCAAAAAUGGAAUAUAAUAUUCAUAUGUAUGUUCAUUAGUGUAUAAUCACCUGAAAAUAAGAAUCAUGUUUUUGUUACCUUAGAAUGAGUCAUUUUUAUCUAUGGGUCCUCUUCUAUGAAGUCCACCAUGUUUCUACAAUAGCUCAGAAUGGACGAACCAAACACUGGUUACAGAUUUGGCCAUUGGUGUUUUUCAUGUGUUUCUUGGCCACUGUAGUCUCUCCUUCCCGCUUGGAAAGGGCAAGCAAGUGAAGCAAGGGAGUAGCAAUCUGCAGAUACACGUCGCUAGAUGCCACUAAAUCCGGUCCUUUAAUUUUUAUCUCAAAAACUCUAGCAGUCUAAUCUCUAAUAUCAUUGAAUAACUAGUGAACCAGAGACAAUGUUUUGUUUUAUUUUUUGCUAAAAAAGGACAUUUGUUUUAAACUGCUAUAUAAAUAAAGUUGACCAAUAUUAUUUUUAUUGGA